AUGGUAAAAAAGACAAAUACAAACGCGAAUAACUACAUAAAACAAUUUGAAAAGUUUUCUGAAAAAGAAGUAUCGGAAGCAGUUGCGUAUUCAAAUCGUUUACUGGAAGAGUGUACAUUAAAGACGAAACAACAUCUCUCCGAUGCAAUACAAGGGAAUGAUUCACGUGAAAAAUCCGAUUAUAAGAAUGAAACUCUUUUAAUAAAAACUUUGUGUCAGCACUUUCUGUCAGAAUUGGAAGCCACCGAAAGUGAAAUGGCUGCCAAUAUGGCAUGUAUACAAACUAAUUUACAGUCGAUCGACAGAGAGAACGGUAAAGAUCUGUUAAACAUAUUAGAACAAUUAUCAAAGGAGACAUCAACAGCCCAAAAAGUGUUAGAAUACAACGGGCCUGAAACUCAACAUCAGCUAAUGCAAGGGUUACUAAUGUGCAUGGAAUCCGAUUAA